UCUCCCCCAUGCCAGGCGAAUGGUGCGGCCUCCAGCCGGUCCAGCAUCCGGCUCGACGACGUGUCUGAGGGAGGCCCCGGGGGGGCGGGGAGGUGGCCCGCAGAACGCGGAUUCUGUAAAGACACGUGGAGAAGAUUCGAUUCCCAGAACAGGAAGAGGCAGAUGGAAAGAGAGCCAGGCGGCUGACGGGGAGGCGGCUGCCAAGAUGGCGUCGGCCUCCUCCCAACCGUCGUUGGCGGUCGGUUUUUCAUCCUUUGAUCCCGGGGCCCCUUCCUGUACCGCGUCCUCAGCAUCUGGAAUCAAGAGCCCCGUGGCAUCUGAGGUGGCUUAUGCCUCUGGCAAGCCCAUCAAGAAAACAGGCCAUCGAGGUGUUGAUUCCUCAGGAGAGACAACCUAUAAAAAGACAACCUCAUCGGCCUUGAAAGGUGCCAUCCAGUUAGGCAUUACUUACACUGUGGGGAGCCUGAGUACCAAACCAGAGCGUGAUGUCCUCAUGCAAGAUUUCUACGUGGUGGAGAGUAUCUUCUUCCCCAGUGAAGGGGGCGACCUGACCCCUGCUCAUCACUACAAUGACUUUCGUUUCAAGACCUAUGCGCCUGCUGCCUUCCGCUACUUCCGGGAGCUAUUUGGUAUCCCGCCCGAUGAUUACUUGUGCUCCCUCUGCAGUGAGCCGCUGAUUGAACUCUGUAGCUCUGGAGCUAGUGGUUCCCUGUUCUAUGUGUCCAGCGACGAUGAAUUCAUUAUUAAGACACUCCAACAUAAAGAGGCGGAGUUUCUGCAGAAGCUGCUUCCAGGAUACUACUUGAACCUCAACCAGAACCCUCGGACUUUGCUGCCUAAAUUCUAUGGACUGUACUGUGUGCAGGCAGGUGGCAAGAACAUUCGGAUUGUGGUGAUGAACAAUCUUUUACCAAGAUCCGUCAAAAUGCAUAUCAAAUAUGACCUCAAAGGCUCAACCUACAAACGCCAGGCUUCCCAGAAAGAGCGAGAGAAGCCUCUUCCCACAUUUAAAGAUCUAGACUUCUUACAAGACAUCCCUGAUGGUCUUUUUUUGGAUGCUGACAUGUACAAUGCUCUCUGUAAGACGGUGCAGCGUGACUGUUUGGUGCUGCAGAGCUUCAAGAUAAUGGACUAUAGCCUCUUGCUGUCAAUCCACAAUAUAGAUCAUGCACAAGGAGAGCCCUUAAGCAGCGACACUCUUCAAGUGUCAGUUGACACUCAAAGACUGGCCCCCCAAAAGGCUCUGUAUUCCACAGCCAUGGAAUCCAUCCAGGGAGAGGCUCGACUGGGCGACACCAUGGAGACCGAUGACCAUAUGGGUGGCAUCCCUGCUCAGAAUAGUAAAGGGGAAAGGCUUCUGCUUUAUAUUGGCAUCAUUGACAUUCUACAGUCUUACACAUUUCUUAAGAAGUUGGAGCACUCUUGGAAAGCCGUGGUACAUGACGGGGACACUGUUUCAGUGCAUCGCCCAGGCUUCUACGCUGAACGGUUCCAGCGCUUCAUGUGCAAUGCAGUAUUUAAGAAGAUCCCCUUGAAGCCUUCUCCUUCCAAAAAGUUUCGGUCUGGCUUAUCUUUCUCUCCGCAAACGGGCUCCAGUGGCAACUCCUGCAUUACUUACCAGCCAUUGGUCUCUGGGGAACACAAGUCACAAGUGAUAACAAAGGUGCAAGUGGAGCCAGGUGUUCACCUUGGUCGUCCUGAUGUUUUACCUCAGAAUCCACCUUUGGAGGAAAUCAGUGAGGUACCUAUUACUGACCACAGUUUCUCACCUGUAGUUGGAAAGACUUUGCAUAUGCUAACUACAAGUACAACCUUGGAAAAGCUUGAAUGUACAGAGUCAGAGUUCACCCAUUAAGCGCAAAGCCUCAGAAGACCUGGAACAAGAUUCUGCCUCUCUGCGAUCCCAAGAUGUCAGCCCUUGCCCCAGCAAUGUUGAAUUUUCUUCUACUUGGUCAUCAAAAAAAGGAGUGUAAAAGAAGCGAGGUGCGCUCUCCAUCUUCUUCCUGAAGAAGA